AUUGCAACUGUUUCAAAUUUUACAUAAAUAAAAUAUAUUAAAAGAGAAAAUAUUGCACUUAUUUUAACUAGGGUCAGAAGCUAACAAUGGUAAAAUAAAGUGAAAAUUUUAAAUCGCAUCUCAUUUAAAUUUUGUAAGGAUGAUGAAUUUGAGAUUUAAUCCUUAGCAUAAAAUGGGAAUUGAGAAAUCACUAAACUGUUUUUAAAAAAUAUGAAACAUUUUUAGAUAGAUUUUAGACGUUAUCUUUUUAUCUGUUACUUGAACAAUUAUUAGUCGCAGUUAGUUUAGUUGGUUAUUAUCCAACAUGGCAGAUAUACCUGGUGAUAUACCACAACAUUGUCCUGGUACUACAAAUAAAGAUGCAGGGAAGGUAUCAAUAUGCGCUGGUUGUCCAAAUCAAAUGAUAUGCGCGUCUGGUAUUGCCAGACAACCGGAUCCUACUAUAGAUCUUGUUAAAGAAAGGCUUUCCACAGUUAAAAAUAAACUAAUGGUGUUAUCUGGUAAAGGGGGAGUUGGUAAAAGUACUAUAACGUCAUUAAUAUCCAGAUUCUUGGCAGCAAGCAAUGCUGAUAUAAAUGUUGCGAUACUAGAUAUUGAUAUUUGUGGACCAUCUCAACCAAGAGUAUUAGGUGUGAUAGGUGAACAAGUUCAUCAAAGUGGAUCAGGAUGGUCGCCAGUGUAUAUAGAAGACAAUUUGUCACUAAUGUCUAUUGGAUUUUUACUUACAAGUCCAAGUGAUGCAGUGAUAUGGAGAGGACCCAAAAAAAAUGGAAUGAUUAGACAAUUUUUAUCAGAAGUAGAUUGGGGUUCAUUGGAUUAUCUUAUUUUGGAUACACCCCCUGGUACAUCGGAUGAGCAUUUAUCAGCAACUUCAUAUCUUAAAGAUGCUGGCAUUACAGGAGUAAUAAUAGUAACAACUCCACAACAGGUUGCUUUAUUAGAUGUGAGAAAAGAAAUUGAUUUUUGCAGAAAAGUGAAUAUACCAAUUUUAGGUGUUAUUGAAAAUAUGAGUAUCUUCAUGUGUCCUAAUUGUAAAAAUUCUGUAGAAAUAUUCCCAGCAUUAACAGGUGGUGGUUAUGCAAUGGCUAAAGAAUUGAAUAUAGAAUUUUUGGGUUCUCUACCAUUGGAUCCACUUUUGGCUAAGUGUUGUGAUGAGGGAAAAAAUUUUUUAACGGAACUACCAGAAUCACCAACUAUUUUGACAUUACAGACGAUUGUUCAAAAAAUUAUUGAACAAUGUGAAAAAAUAAAAAACAACUAUGAGAUUGAUAUAACUUAAAAGAAAAAAUGUGAUAUUUAUAUUACAAGAACAUGUAUGUGUGUAUUAAAAUUGUGUAAAAAAUGUAAAGUAUUGUUUCCUUUUCUUUCUUAAUAUAUUUUAUACAUUUAAUAAGUGUCUAUUCCUUUUAGUAUACUUUGCAGUCUAUAUAAGUAUGAUAAUGCGCGAUAUGAUGUGUUUAAAAUUUUGUAAUGAUAUAUUUGUAUAGAAUGUAGAAUAAAGUAAGCAUAUUUAACCAUUUAUAA